CCCAUAUUUCCUGCUUAUGUGCUUAUAAAGCACGCCGGCUGUUUUCAAAGGAUUUCAACUAAAGGCUGACAUUAGAUAAAUUCGGCUUCUCUCGUGUUACUUUUUUUUUUCUUUCUAUUCGCCAGUUAACAUGUUCGUUCCUGUCGAAAACGCGUCUCCCACUUUUAAAGACUCUAUUCUCAUAAUGCCAGCAGUAUCUGUAGGGAAUGUUGGACAGCUGGCUGUGGAUCUGCUGAUCUCCACUUUAAACAUGCCUUGUGUUGGAUACAUUCACACCGAUUGCCUGAUACCCAUGGUGGGAAACCAUCCUUAUGCAACAUCUGAAGAGAAUUCAUCCGAGCUCAGCACUAAUGCAGAAGUGUAUUUCUUACCAGAAAAGAAACUUGCUGUUCUGCAAAUAAGAUCUCCCACUGUCAAGUCGAAGACUCGCCAGUUUCGACACCUUAUUCUUUCAUGGAUAAAGUCUAAUCAGUUCUCUCGGAGCAUCCUCCUGUCAAGCAGCCAUGCUUAUCAAUGUGAUGACAGACAACUUUCAGGCUCUCCUUUGCGGUAUUUGCAGACACUAGAAAUGAAGAAUAUCAUUGGAGACGAACUGCAAAAGCUGGACUUGAAAGAACUUGAAACGACUCCUGCAUUUCCUGGAAUCAGUGAAACGGAGCAGCGACUCUGGAUUCCUGGAGGAGGCAUAACUAAAAGAUUCUUUACGGAGUGUUCUUCAGAGCAUAUCCCACUGGCAGUCCUGUUGAUAUUCUGUUCAGAGGGAGACAACAUUCCAGAGGCAUUCACAUUAAUCAAUUUCCUGAAUCGAUGGCUCCAUCUAGUGGAGACAACAGGCGCGGUUGAAUCUCACAAUUGGAAGAUUCCUUGUUCAUGGAAGCUGCUGUUCGGUAGUGGAAUUCCCCCUGCAAUCUUCUGAGCUGCACUGGACCAGUCAGAUUUGAACUGGCGCACAUGGAUGAACUGAUUUAAGGAAUUUAUCUGUUUUCAUGCCUUAUUGCUGAUUCCUGUAAAAAAUGAUUGAUACAAACAAAUGAGG